GACCAUCCAGCAUGUACACGGAUUGAUUGUGCUAAGAAACACUUCUGUCAAUGUUCACUUUCUUUUUAAUGUUGUUAUAAAAAAAAUGUUUUCAUAUUUUUAAAUAAAAAAUUAUACUAUUAUUUUUGGUAUUCUUUUAUUACAAAAUACAUAAAGUAACAAAAAAUUAAUAUUAAAAUUUGUGUUAAAAAAUUUGAACACAUAUUCAAACAUGGAAAGUACUCCUGUAUGGACGACGGUACGGAUGGAUGCAGGUUCAAAAGUAUAUCCGACAUUGAUGCCUGUUAAUUUUACAAUGGCCAAGGUUUGUCAAGCCACUGAUUCUCCAGGGAGAGAUGAAGAACACAACACUAUCGUGAAGAAGAAGACAACACAGACAACACUCUCAAGCUAAUGUUAAUUUCUUUUGGGCCUUUAUCUUGUGGGCUCUUCUUGUAUAUUCUCUUCAAAUAUGUUAGUAUUAGAAGCCCAUAAUGUAGUUAAUUUGUUUAGAGAGGCUUAGAUUCCUCUCUCUGUUCAGCGUGUAAGUACCUCUCCGUAUCGUCUUCUUCAUUGUGAAAGAUAGCCCAUGAUACACUUUUUAGUUUUUACUCUCUUCAAGGUUUACACCAACUAGCCUGUUUACAUUUCGUCUAAUUACAGUAUGAAUUGCUAUUGGUAGAAUUUACCAGAAUACAAUCUUCACAUUGGCUAACAGAAAGAAUAUUGUCAUGACAGAUUGACACUGGUUUUAUUGUUUUCUUUUUUUGUUUUUGUUUUUUCAUGAAGAAACUAUUGAUUGCAGGCAUGUGUGUUACGAGGCUAUAUCAAUCUGUUGGAUCGCUUUUUCGUCUAACAUUGUUGUGUUUUUUCUUUGUUUCAGGUUUGCGGGUUCAUAACUGAAUACUUCAGUCUGUGGUAACUGUAUUCUGAUUUGUGGUUUGUUUCUUUAUGGCUAAUAGAACCUCUACUGCUUCAGUGUCUAAUACUGUUGGUGUGUUAUCUUCCGUUCCUUCUCAGAAAUAUUACGCUGAUCCUUUAUACCUGCACCACUCGGAUUCUUCUAAUAUUGUUUUGGUGUCAUGUGUUUUGACUGGCUCUGAGAACUAUGAAAUCUGGUCUAGAGCUAUGAGUUUCGCCUUAUCUGGUAAAAACAAAUUGGAUUUUGUUGAAGGCCUUGUGCCAUUACCUAAUGAUCCUGAUUUAGCUGGUGAGUGGCAUAGAUGCGAUGCUGUUGUUAUGUGCUGGAUUCUGAACUGUGUGGAUAAGAAUAUUUUUUCUCACCUUGUAUUUUGUACUAAAGCUUCUGAUGCCUGGUCCAAUCUUAGGCUCAUGUUCCGUAAACCAUAUGGGAUUAGACUCUAUAGCAUUCUUCAUGAAUUGUCGAAUACCACUCAGGGUAAUGACACUGUUGCUGAGUACUAUAUGAAAUUGAAAAGUUUAUGGGUGCAAUAUGCAUCUGUUAGUCCGAGUAGUCGGUGUGUUUGUGCAGCCUCUCAUGAUCUCUUGCGUUAUGAAAGUAAUCUUCGUCUAAUGCAAUUUCUGAUGGGGUUAAAUGAGAAGUAUUAUACUUUAAGUUUUAUUAUCUUGAGAUCUGAUCCUUUACCUGAUGUGAUGGAUGCUUUUGCCAUGGUUUCCAGAGAAGAGUCUGCUAGAGUUAUUGAUGCUGGAAAUACUUCUGAUAAAACCCUAUCCGCCGUUGUGUCGGAAAAGAAGUUUGUUAAGUCCCGUGUUAAGAAUCCUAAUCUUAAAUGUUCUCAUUGUGGUGGCUCUGGUCACUUAGUAGAGCGCUGUUAUAAACUCAUAGGAUACCCUGAAAAACGUUGUUUUCCAAAGAAUGAAAAUGCUGGUGAAUCUGCUAAUAUUGUAAGGGAAACUAGCAGCUCUAAUGUGGUUGAACCUUCUAAUAAUACACCUGAUUCUUCUGAGCUGAUUGAGCAGCUUCUUAGAAUGGCCAAUGUAUGCAAGGAUGAUCACAGCCACAAAGUUAAUAUGGCAGGAAUCUGAUCUGCCCAUCCGAUCGAGGGGGACAUUACGACGGCUAUAUCAAUCUGUUGGGUCCCUUUCUUGUCUAACACUGUGUUUGUUACUUGAGCAGGGCUGUGACACUUUGGAGGUUGGGAUCAGAUUAUACUAUGCUGGCACCGCUGUCUUAACAGCGUUUCAUGCCGCUGAAUGUAUUAAGAGUUGAUAGUGGCAGUAGCAGAGUCGCGAUAUUAUACCUAUUGACAGCAUGCGGAGUGCUUGAAUCCACGCGAAGUCCCAGGACCUGCCUGUCGCCCGAAGUCCACGUGAAGUAACCACUAAUAACAACCCUGUACCGUGUACCCCUCAAUGAACUCUGGUCCAGGUCCUGGACCAGGACCAAAAAACGGCGCUCCUGUUACAUCCAAGUUGAUCCCGAAAGGCGGGACCCGUCUCGCCGCAUUCCUUCCUGUCGCGGGACUCUUCGCCGUCGUUCCGCUGCACUUCAACUCCUUAUUCCUCUGCUCCAUCACCAUAUUAUUCAUCACCUGGCUUUCCACUUUUAAAGUCCUCAUGCUCGCCUUCGAUAACGGCCCGUUAUAUUAUCCGUCGCAGCAUUCGCUAUUCAAAUUUCUAGCCGUUGGCUGUCUUCCCGUCGAGUUUAAAUCUCGGGAUGGCAAUGAACGGUGCCGUACAAAAGGGACUAACUCGUUCGCGAAAAAUGGCUUUAAGGUUGCUUUGUUAGCUAUGUUACUCGCAGGUUGUGGUUAUGGCGAUCGUAUGGAUCCUAAGGUUGUUCUGACUAUGUACUUUUUGGUAAUAUACUUCUCAUUGGAGAUUCUACUAGCCGUUGGCGCCGCCACGUGGCGCGGCUUGGUCGGCGUGGAGCUGGAGCCGGUGCUGAAUGAGCCGUAUCUGUCGGCUUCUUUGCAGGAGUUUUGGGGGCGCCGGUGGAACCUUAUUAUGGCUCGGAUGUUUCACUCGGCGGUGUACGUUCCGACGCGGGACUUCUCGGCGGCGAUCGUCGGGCGGAGGUGGGCGGCGCAGCCGGCGGCGGUGGUGACUUUUGGGGUGUCGGGGCUGAUGCAUGAAUUGUCGUUCUUUUACUUUGGAUGCGUGGAGCCGAGGUGGGAGGUGACUCGGUUUUUUCUAUUGCACGGCGUUUGUGUGGCGGUUGAGAUCGGUGUGAAGAAGGAAUUAAAACUCCGGCGGCGGUUUCCGGCGGUCGCCGGCGUCGUCCUGACCCAUGGGUUCUUGCUAGCCACGGCGUUUUGGCUGUUCUUCCCGCAGUUCUUGUGGUGCAUAUGCAAACAUAGAGGGGUUGGCAGUGACUGCUUAGAGCGGAGUGUAUUUGUAAGAUUUUUUUAAUUUUAAAUUUUUUGUUUUUGAAACCAAUUUUAUACUAUUGGGUCGAAUCAAAGCCAAACACACCCUACAAAUUCCAAACGUUAUAAAGAACAUGAAAGUGAUGGGCCGUGUUGACAUUAGCCCAACCCAACCAAAUAAGUGGGCUUAUCUGUUGGGCCAGCAUAGUUUGGACGCACACAAUUGGGCUAAACUAGUCAAUACUUAGGGCCCAUCUUUGGUCUAGCAAUAUGUGAUUAACGUACUUCAAAUUAAUCGAUCACAAAACUUAAUCACAUGUCCAUAAUUACAUUUCACCCCUUUCAA